AUGAAUGACCAGGGAAUUAUUUACUUUAUUCCCCAUCAUGAAGUUGUUAUGCCACAAAAAAUCACUAUUAAACUAAGGACUGCAUUUGACGCUUCUGCAAAGUCUGGCAAUGAUCGAAGUCUCAGUGAUGUCCAUUAUCGCGGUCCAAUUAUUCUUUCAGAAUUAAUAGGAAUCGCGUUAUGGUUUAGAAUGUUGGGUGCUGCUACUAUUUGCAAUAUAGAGAAGACUUUUCUACGGUUGGAACUGAAAGAAGAAGAUCGAAACGGCACUUGCGUUUUGUGGGCAUGUAAUUUUACCAGUCCAAUAUCAACACAGAACAUUAUUAUUUAUCGGUUCUCAAGGGUUCCAUUUGAAGUUGUUAGCCAUCAUUUUUGCUCAUGGCAAUGUUGCAUCAAGGCUAAUCGACGCUUAAACGAUAAGGCAGGCAUUAUGGAACUUGUAAGUGGAUAA